CACAUUUGCUACGGCCGCCGUAGAUUCUAAAAUUUCUACGGCGAGUAGAAAUUCUACGGCCGCCGUAGAAUUUCCACGGCCACUUGCUCUAGCGGUCACAUAUGCUACGGUCGACGCACGGCGUAUUUUUAAAUUUAUGGAGACAGAAAAUCUGCGGCUGCCGUAUUUCCUUGAAACGAUGACGUACGGCCGCCGUAGGGCGACCCUGCGGCGGCCGUAGAUUUUUUUGUUAACUACGGCAGACGUAAGGUGGCCGCACGGUGGCCGUACGGCGGCCGCAGGGCGGCCGCAGGGGAACGAUUGCAAUAAGUAUACAAUGAGUGGCUCAUUACACUCAUUAUGAUAUUUCACAAUAGACAUUUCAUUUCAUAAAUUUUCUGUCACAGCAUGCGUCCCAAGCAGAAAUCAGCAAAGGGGAAAGGAGGGAAGAAGGGCACAAUUCGAGUGCAUGAUGUGGAGCAUCAGGAAGAAGAGAAUGCUGAGAUACAGCUGGAGCAGCCUGAGCAAGACCAAGACGAGCCUGAUAUAGAUGAUGAAGAAGAGGACGAUUCUCCAACUCUCCAGCGAAUCGUUGAAUUUUACGAGGCCCGAUCUUAUUUUUAUAAUCUCAGGCAUGAGAAGUACAGAAACACUAAACUAAAGGAGGCGGAACUGGCAGAGCUGGCGAAGGAGAUAAAGUGGCCUGGUGAGUACUGACUAGUACUUAUAGUACAUAAUUAUAUGGCACUAUCGGUAAUUUAAAUAUUGUCCUAUUUCUGGUAUUACUAAUUUGUAUCAUAUUUCAUUGUGAAUUGUUAAAGUAACAUGAAAAGUUGUUGAAUGAUGAAAGUAUAUUCAUUUCCUCUGACAUCUCAUGCAAUUUACGUUUGGUUGCAGUUGAGAAGAUCAAGAGAAGGUUCAAAAACCUUCGAAGUGCUUAUGGGAAGAUAAAGAAUCGCGCCGGAUCUGCGGGGAAGUCAGGCCAGGCAUCCUCCCGGUUGACUAUGCGUCAAGAAUGGAAGCUGAGGAACUUGGCAUUCUUGGAUGAGGUUAUUCAGCCGCGGACCCAGGGGCAUGAGGUGAGAAGGGUAAGCAUUGGCAUUGAAUUUGUGUGUGCAAAAAUUACCCACUGUUUAGUUAAUAUUGCGAGUUCCUGACAGCACAUAGAGAAACAACUUUAUGAAAGUUCAUCGUCUUGUUGUCAGUCCUUGACAGAAAUUUCAGUGGUUGAAUUCAUAUUAAUCUUCUCAUGCCUGCCCUUAUUUCUCAGUUAAAAAAUUUUCAUGCUCAUGCUUCAGGUGACUGGCGAGGAGGAGAUAGAGGAGGACAAUGGCGAUGGCGAUGAGCUGCGAGAGGACUUUGUGGCACCCGAUAAUGUAGAUGGGCUAUAUCAGAAGAGGGGCAGAAGUGCAAAUAGCCAAGACUGUGCUUUCAACAAGACCGGUACUAGCACCAGCAAGAAGAGAAAGGGAACAAGUAGUACGCCAGGAGUUGCCGAGGUUCUGACAGAAAUGUUGCUGGAGAACCGGAACAGGGACCGGGAAAUGGAGAGAAAGUUGGAGGAAUCCGCAACGAGACAACCUGACGAGCGAGAGGCGUGGGGAAACUGGCUGCAGACGGUGGUGCGCAACUGCCCAAAGGAGAAAUUCCGUCAGUUCCAGACAGAAACCCUGGCCCUGUCCCAGCGCUAUCUGCCAACGGAUGAGGGGCAAAGUCAGCAGUGUCCAGGUCCAUCAACCAUGUUCUCGCCCCAACCUGCAGCCUCCCACUUCCAGGCUCAUGGACAGUUCCAGCACCCUUCAUUGCAGUUCCAAAGUCAGCCCCAUGUCUACUAUCAACAACAGCAAAUGCAAGAGCCGGGGUAUAUGCGACGACCAACCUUCACACAGUUACAGCCAACUCAGCAGCAUCAACAACAACAGCAGCCGCAGCACCAGCCCACCCGUCCCACUUCUGCUCCUACUCCCGUCGGCACCAGCAACAUUAUCGCCUCUUCUUACCAAAUAGCCAACACUAAUGACGGCGACCAGGACUUGACACCGCCCCUCCGCGCCCCUUCAUCGGGGGAACGACUGAGCCUACCAGGAUUUAAUGUGGGUAGCUUCGGCAUCCAUGGCGCCAACAGGGAUCAGCCAGAGUCUGAUGCAGAUUAACUGACUAUGUACCAGGAGAACUUUCAGUAUGUGCCAGGACUACCUUUAUGGUUUGGCAGAGAUACUAGUAUUAUUUUUCGCCAAAGAUGGUGACUCCGUGCCAUAAGUACUUUUAUUAUGUGCCAGGUCCACCUUUACGGUGAGGCAGAUUUUUUUUUUUAAUGAUAUAUGUUCCAAAGUAGUUUGAGUAUGUUUCAAGAGUACUUUCGUUAAAUACCUGAGCUACAUUUACGAUGAAGCAGAGUUUUUUAGACUAUGUUCCAAAAUAGUUUGACUAUUGUGAUGACAGGAGUGGUUUCACUACGUGCCCAGGACUACCUUUAUUCAGUUAGGCAGACUUGAUGCUAUGAAGUAUUUUGACUAUGUGAUACAGGGUACUAGUAUUAAAGUGUUUAUAUAUAUGUAUAUGUUCCUGUAAUUUAUGUGGUAUAUUUAUGAGAUAUAAUUUGGAGCAAUCUUUUAUUUAAUAUAUUUAUGUAGCUAUAAUUUUACAUUAUUUCACCCAGUAAUAAAUUAUGUUAUAUCAAAAGAGAAAUGCGUCUUGCAUUUCUGUCAUGAUGGCGUUUGUAAUUUAUCUCACCAAAUGCAUACUUGUCAAAGAAAACAAUAAAUAUCGCUAAUAAAACAUUUUUAUUGACAGCGGGCAAAAUUGCAAUUUUUCUCAUUGCACAAAAUUAAAAGAAGUUUAAUUUUACGAAGCAAAUUAUGAGAUUAAAUUUAUUAGAAAAAGGACUUUGCUCCAAUAUGACACAAAAAGAAGACCUUGAAAAAACACAAUAUCUUUUAAAAGUAUUUAUUUUAAAGAUUACACCCUUUUAUUACAGACACAGUGUAUUAUUUGCUUUCUAAUAA